UCCAGCCAGCUCUUAUGCUUUAAGGUUAGUCAAAGAAGUUUAAUUUAUUGUCGUGAAAUCAAAAUUAUUAAUUAAGAAGUCUCAGUCUGAGGUUUUUCAAUAAAAACAAUAAAACAAUUCGAAUACAAAAGUGUCAACCACGUCGCUAAAAGGUAAUAAUUGUGACAACUUUGGCAGCCUUUCCCAAUACAACAACGAAAAUAGGAAAAUUCUUGUACUUUUUGGCUAAAUUCAAAUAUAUCCCAAAGAAGACAUUGACAUCUGAACAAAUAAGAUUUUUGAACACGCGACAGCAACAACAACGAAAGACCCAACUGCUACAUCAUCAUCACCAUCAGCACCGUCACAUUGUGACAAAUAAACAAUACUUUCUAAGGCCUCAGGAAUUUAACGGAAAGAUGGUCAACACAGCGGAGGAUGGUGUUAAGUAUUUGGAAAUUCCGGACAAGUCUGAAAAUGAUAAGAAACUUUACAAAACUUUGGUCUUAGUCAAUGGUUUGCACGCUCUCUUGGUCUCGGAUCCAAGUCCAGUACCCCAUGAUGGUCUAACAUCCUCUUGUGACACAGCUGGUGAUUCAGCUGCAGAAGAGUCGGAGGAAAGUAGUGAAGAGUCCGGCUCGAGCUCAGAAGAAGAUUCCGAUGAUGACGAAUCUGAAGAAGGCGAUGAGAAAUUAGCCGCUGUUGCCCUUCUUGUAGAUGUUGGCUCUUUUUCUGAGCCCUCAAAUUACCAAGGAUUGGCCCAUUUUUUGGAGCACAUGAUAUUCAUGGGUUCCAAAAAGUAUCCCACAGAAAAUGCCUUUGAUGCCCAUAUUAAGAAGUGUGGAGGUUUCGACAACGCCAACACUGAAUGUGAAGAAACGCUUUUUUACUUUGAAGUAUCCGAAGAGCAUCUGGAUACCAGCAUGGAUUAUUUUACCGCUCUAUUAAAGGCACCACUUAUGAUGAAAGAAGCUAUGGCAAGAGAGCGUGAGGCGGUUGAAUCAGAAUUCCAACAAACUUUGCACGAUGAUGAAGCUCGACGAGAUCAGCUGUUGGCCAGUUUGGCAAAUCCCAACUACCCCCAUAGCACAUUUCCAUGGGGUAAUUUAAAAUCAUUAAAAGAGAAUAUCGACGACGAAGUGUUACAUAACGAAUUGCAUGAGUUCUGCAAACGUCAUUACAGUGGCCAUCGCAUGCGCGUGUGUGUCCAAGCCAGAUUACCCAUAGAUGAACUUGAAGCCCUGGUUGUGAAACACUUCUCCGACAUUCCCAGCAACAAUUUGGAUGGCGAAAACUUUGAAGUGUAUAAUUAUCGCGAAGCUUUUAGUCCUGAGUUUCAUAAUGAGGUGUUCUUCGUUAAGCCCGUGGAAAAUGUUUGCAAAUUAGAAUUAACUUGGGUUCUACCGUCCAUGACAAAGCUCUAUAAAUGUAAGCCAGACCAUUUUAUGUCCUAUCUUAUCGGUUAUGAGGGGGAAGGAAGUUUGUGUGCAUAUUUAAGAAGGAGGCUAUGGGCCUUGGAACUCAUUGCUGGUGUAGACGAGUCUGGAUUUGAUACAAAUUCUAUCUAUUCUUUGUUCAAUUUAUGCAUUUAUUUGACCGAUAGUGGUUUCCAACAUUUGGAUGAAGUUCUCGCUGCCACAUUCGCCUAUAUAAAACUAUUCGCUCAGAGUGGUUCAUUAAAAGAAGCCUACGAAGAAUUGGCUAAAAUUGAAGAAACCGGUUUUCGUUUUAGCUCGCAAAAACCAGCUUUCGAUAAUGUUCAACAUUUAGUAGUACAGUCGAAAUACUAUCCACCAAAGCACAUUUUGACAGGCACUGAACUUUACUUCGAAUAUAAUGAGGAGCAAGUGCAGGAUGUAAAAAAGCACUUAAAUGAGUUUUCUUUCAACAUAAUGGUUACCUCGCAACAAAAAUACGAUGGUAUAACGUAUGACAAGAAGGAAAAAUGGUUUGGUACCGAGUACACCUCCAUCAAAAUGCCGCAAAAAUGGCAAGAUCUAUGGGACAAUUGUAAACCCCUGUCUGAGUUGUUCAUGCCAAAGCCCAAUCGUUUUCUUCCAAACGAUUUUCGUUUGUUCUGGGUCGAGAAUGGUAAGCCCGAAAUACCUUUGGCCCCCAAAAAGAUACUUCAGACCGACACAUGUGAGUUGUGGUUUAGGCAGGAUGAUAAAUUUGAAUUGCCAGAUGCUUUCAUGUAUUUCUAUUUUGUGUCGCCAUUGCCAAGACAAAGUGCAAAGAAUGAGGUGCUGUGUGGUUUGUACUCGCACUUAGUCAAAUAUCGUUUAGCCGAAGAAUUGUAUCCAGCAACAGUGGCAGGAUUGUCUUACUCGGUUUAUGCGGCAGAAAGGGGAGUUGUUUUAAAGGCAUACGGUUACAACGAAAAACUCCAUUUGGUGGUGGAUUAUAUUACAAAAUGUAUGGUUUCCGUGCGAGAACAUAUUACAGAAGAGCAAUUAGAGGCCUUUAAGAAACAUCUAAAAAAGAACUACUUCAAUGCUUUAAUCAAACCGAAGGCAUUAAAUAAGGAUAUACGUUUGAGCAUAGUGGAGAAUGUACAUUGGUCCAUUAUUGAUAAGUACAAAAGCCUCAAUGAUAUCACACUUGAUGAUAUGCUAGAUUUUGCCGAUAUAUACACAAAGGAGCUGUAUGUUCAAACAUUAAUGCAGGGAAAUUUAACAGAAGAGGCUGCCCACAAUUGCAUGAAUUCUGUUCUCACCACCUUAAACUGCCAACGUAUUAAAGAGACGAAAUACAUCGAGAAUAGAACUGUCCAAUUGCCACAAGGUUCGCACUACAUAAGAUGCAAUGCUUUGAAUGACAAGGAUGUGAAUACGGUUGUGACAAACUUCUAUCAGAUUGGUCCAUGUUCUGUGCGCAUUGAAAGUAUCUUGGACUUGCUUAUGAUGUUUGUCGAAGAACCUCUCUUUGACUGUUUGCGUACAAAAGAACAGCUAGGCUAUUAUGUUGCCUCCUCAAUGCGCGUUAAUUAUGGCAUAGCAGGCUACUCUAUAACUGUGAACUCGCAAGAAACCAAACACUCUGCUGGCCAUGUUGAGGAACGCAUAGAAUCAUUCCGCAGCAAAAUGUUAGAAAUUCUCGAUCAGAUGCCCCAGGACGAGUACGAGCAUGUGCGGGAAUCACUUAUCAAAAUUAAACAGGUAGUGGAUAUGUGUCUAAACGAAGAAGUUUCGCGCAACUGGGGAGAAAUAACCACAGAAGAAUAUCUAUUCGAUCGCAAACGGAAAGAGGUAGAAGUACUGAAGACGCUAAAUAAACAGGAAAUAAUUGAUUUCUGUCUGAAUAAUGAGCGAACCAAUAUGCGCAAGCUAUCCAUUCAAGUAAUUGGUAAUGUCAAACAAAACAAUGGCGAGCUAAUGGACAAAGAAACUGCAAAUGCUGGCGAUGAGGCGGAGGAGCAAGAUGACGAAGAGGAAGAGGAAGAGGCUGAUGAAGAACUCUUUAAUGCUUUAGCUAAUAAAUUAGAUUUGAAAUUCAUACCUCGCGAAGGAGAUGCUACAACCAUUGUGGAUAUAAAUGAUUUCAAAGAAAAUCUCCAUGUUUAUCCCAUUACGAAAACGAAACUAGAUGCACCAAUAAUAGAUGCCGCAAGGGAUGGUGGUGGCGCUAUGGACAUUAUUGAAGAUUGUUGAACCAGUGCAAGAAGAAGAAUAGAAUAUAAUUAUGUGAGGACAAUUUUGCUGCAAAAAUAAGUUUAGAAUUUUAAAUUUAAAAUAUUCAAAUUAAAAAUUUGAAUAAAUUUGCUCUCAAUGUGUUUUUCUAUUUUUUAUAAAACUUAUAAAAAAAAAUAUUAUUUAAAUAAAUAUUAGUAUUUUAAUUUACAUUAGUUGUUCCAAA